AAAUUCGUAAUCGUAAAUAAAAGUAAAUGUAUUCAUUAAUGUUAACUUUUGGCGUGGCUUGGUGUGGCGCGGGGCGUGGUUUGCGGAUCGGGGGCGUUGUUAACGGAGCUGCUCCCUGAAGAGAAUCUGUGAACUCUGGACGCCGAUGUCCGAGCAAACUGCACAUUCAACCACCAACCCGAGACGACCAGGUGAAGCUUAAGUGACGGGCUGUUGUACGUGUGUCAAGGAUGAGUAUCGCCGGGCUGUCCCAACAUCUCUACAGGGUCAGCCAGCGGGCUGUUUGGCUGCACGGCGCACGACGGGUCUCCACCACCACAACAGGUAUAAUGUCCACCCAUACAAAUGCCAAGAGGAUCGAAGGACUUGACCACAACAUAUGGGUGGCCCUCACCGGCCUGGCCGCCGACCCCUCCGUGGUCAACCUGGGCCAGGGGUUCCCUGACCUCCCCCCCCCCUCCUACAUCACGGCGGCGCUGGCCAAGGCAGUGUCGGUCGACCGCAUGAACCAGUACACCCGCAGCUUCGGUCACCCAGCGCUGGUCAACGCCCUGUCCCAGGUGUACGGGAAGGUGUGUGAGCGCCCCAUCGACCCCCUGAAGGAGGUGCUGGUGACGGUGGGGGGCUACGGGUCUCUGUUCUGCACCAUGCAGGCCCUGGUGGAGGAGGGUGACGAGGUGAUCAUCAUCGAGCCGUACUUCGACUGCUACAUCCCCAUGGUGAAGAUGGCCGGGGCGACGCCCGUCCUCAUAUCGCUGAAGCUGUCGGAGAAGCAGAGCGGGCUCACGAGCGCGGACUGGGUCCUGGACCCGGAGGAGCUGGCCAGCAAGUUCACCUCCCGGACCAAGGCCAUCAUCAUCAACACCCCCAACAACCCCACCGGGAAGAUCUUCACCAGAGACGAGCUGCAGAUGAUCUCUGACCUGUGCAUCAAGCACGACGCACUGUGCUUCAGCGACGAGGUCUACGAGUGGCUCACCUACAAGGGCCACCAGCACAUCAAGAUCGCCACGCUGCCGGGGAUGUGGGAGAGAACCAUCACCAUCGGCAGCGCCGGGAAGACCUUCAGCGUGACCGGUUGGAAGCUGGGCUGGUCCAUCGGGCCGGAGCAUCUGGUCAAACAUCUGCAGACCGUGAUGCAGAACACCAUCUACACCUGCUCCACCCCUCUACAGGAGGCCGUGGCCCAGGGUCUCGUGCGGGACUACGAGCGUCUGGGUCAGCCCGACUGCUACUUCUCCUCGCUGGCGGCGGAACUGGAGGAUAAGAGGGACCGCAUGGCCGCCAUCCUGCGGGAGGCGGGCAUGAACCCCAUCCUGCCUGAGGGGGGGUACUUCAUCAUCGUGGACGUCACGCCGCUCAACGUGGAUCUGUCCCACAUGCCAGACGAGGCCUAUGACCUCAAGUUCGUCAAGUGGAUGAUCAAAGAAAAGAAACUGGCCGCCAUUCCUGUGACGGCGUUCUGUGGAGAAGCGUCCAGGAGCCGCUUUGAGAAGUACAUCCGUCUGUGUUUCAUCAAGCGAGACGAGACGCUGGACGCAGCAGAAGACAUCAUCAGGAACUGGAAGAACUAGGAGGUGAAACAUCUCAUCGCUAACUCAGGAGGAAAUGAAGGCACAGAGAUCCUAACCUUGGUGACCUCAUAGCUACGGCCAUGCUUACUCGGGAGGUGAAUCAACUACCAGCAGAACUAGAAUGUGAAAAUAGUUUAUAUUUAUUUUGUCAUUCGACAAAUGCAAUGAAUCGAAGAGAAGAAGGAUUUGAUGGAAGAGGGCCCUGUGAUCUUCUAAAGUAAACCCUCUAAAGGAUAUUCUGGGUCCAAACACCACUGUUCUGCUACAUCACACAUCGAUCUCGACUGCUCUGAAAUUUAGAAUUAAAGUGUGCCUUUCUGUACAAACAUUAUUGUCAUGUGAUCUCUCAUGGUCUCCUCAUCAUAGGCUGUUAUAAAAAUGAUUCGUUUCGACAAAUUUGACAUUUCCUUGCGAAGUAGUAUCAUUACUGGUGUGUAGCGCCCUCUGCUGGGCAGACUGGUUCUGCUCAGCGACUCGGACACCAGUCGCACCACAAGUUAGCUGUAUGUGUAAAAUAAAGUUAUCAAAGGUUGUUUCUUCUGAAGACCUGUGUUAGCCUCUACUUGGUCGAGAGACAUUUCAGUGGUUUCCAACAACAACCCGGCGACGUCACCGAUCAAUCGAUAUGUCAUGGGGAGUAUCGAUGUCUUCUCUUUCCGAGCACACGUCAACGUUUGUUCAAAUUAGUUAAUUGGACUAAAGUUCGUAAUACAUCCGAAACGUUCACUGAACCCUUGCUAGUGGCUGAACGCCUCUCAGGACAGUAUCAGUGACUUUGAAAAUUACUGUCAAAGACCCAUAGAACAAAAUAAACGAUGUUAAUAUAUGUCUGGAUGAGCAGAAGGCUCAUAUACUGGCUCCAGUCAAACACAAUAUAUAAUGUAAACUGGCUCUAGUCCAACCAAAUGUAUUGUAGCACCAGGGCUAUGUUCAUUGUAUUGUUUAUACCACUGCUAUUGGUUGCUGAUGAGUUCCCAUCAUGCUUUGCUUUGUGAGGAGUUGGUGAGGACGGUUAUGGUGCGUUCCAGAGCCCAUCCAAAGCAAUGGGAUGUGGGACUUAUCCUACCUGAACUGCACUAGCUCCUACUUGGUGAAGUGGCGGUAGGUCGAUCACCCCCCAGUUCGCUAGUAGGAGGUUGGAUGUUCCACUUCGACAGGCAUUCCAGUGCCCUUUUCUUAGUUGGAGGUAGUCCCACGUCCCACUGGUUUGUAUGGGCUCUGGAACGCACCAAAAGUCAAUGUUCUUGGUUAAGUUAGGUCUUGGGCAAUGAUACAAUAAAGUCAACGAAAGAAUAUCACGCCUCUGCUUUUGACUUCCGCCACAGUAUAAUAUGUACUGGCUCGAGUCCAACAUAAUAUAUAUAAUAUAGAUUGGAACCAGACCUGCUAUACCAUAGUAUAUAUAAUAUAUUUAACAUUUUCUAUUUUGGCCCUAAAGUAUGACUGUCCCGUGGGUAAAUCUCAUGUGUUGUUGUUAGCUACACUGACUGACUCGUACGCCACGGUUUCACUCUUACAAAUCAUUAUCCCAAGAUGAAAUAUUAUAGACAUGCAUAGAUUCACCUUAAUCCUUUGAGCCAGGUGUGGGCAACCUUAUUGUUUCAGGAUUCAAAGAAUCGGAUGAAUUAUUGAUUCCAUUCGACUGAACUAUGGUCCAACACUUCCAAUCCACCUCUGUAGAGUCUGGAAGACCAACUGUGACUGAGGUUAUAUAAAUACAACUGACUUGACCUGUGGGUUAACCUUUACGAAGAGCCUUGUUAAUUAGCUUGUGACAUAGUCACUGUGUGAGCAGAUUUUCCAUGAAAUAUUAAUGUAUAAUCUGAAAAAUACCUUUUAAGAAAAGUGAAUGAUUUGGGCAAUCGCUUUUCUUAAUUGGAUAAACUAAAUAAAUAUGAUCUAAGUGGGGAUAGUAGGGCUAUUUGUAAUCAUGUGUUAGACCCUCGUCAUUCAGUUGAAGUACCACUAGGGGGAGACAGAGUACAGGACUUGACAUGUUUUUCUGUAAACCGGGGAAGAAAAACAUUUGCAUUGAUAUUAAACUGAUAUGACAUUGAUAUGAAACUAGCCUCAGAUUAAAUUUUCAAGUAACAAAUUUAAGUGAUUAAAACGGAAUUGUCUUCACAUUAUUGUCUAUUCGUCUAAAUUGUGGCUGGAUGUUAUUGGGAACCUUGUAUGGCCAUGGCCCUAGCUUUUCUGUGCUGUCAAUAAAAUACCUUGUUAAUAUAG